AACAGACUUGAGUUCACAUACAUAAUUACAGAGUAUGAACAGGAUAGAAGUACUGUAAUGAAUAAGAUCCGGUUCCGUUCUUCAUGACGUUCCAGGAAGUGGCCAUCUUGCGAAAACGGGGCUGCUGAUUUUGUACUUUUGUGGAGACGUUUGGUUGAUAUGUUAAAAUGAAGAAACGGAGGACAGUUGUGCAGACUUUAACUGUUAAUGUAAUAGACUGAGUGUACAUAUUUCAGUGUUGUAUAGAUUUGAUAGUCGAUUAGCUGCAUUUAUUUCAUAAAUUGGUUCUCGUUGAAAUGCAGGCGUAUCGGCUAUAGUGCCCAUGGAAUUAAACGUCACGAAUUACGAAAAUAACGUCUUUAAUAAUUCCUGUAAUAUUUCAUGAUCUUAUAACUAGUAACAGUCUUUUCCAUAUACAGUAUUAUAUAUAUUAUUUGGUAAUAAUCCCUGUCAUUCAGAGAUCUUGCCCAGUUUGACAGCUUUCAUUGAACUCCCGAGGGAAACAAACAUGAAGAAGCUUUUUUCGAAAAUAGAAACAAAAAUUGACAAUACAGCCAAAGAGCCCAAUAGUUACGUGGGUAAAGUGUUUGUUGUUGGAAGAAUGACUGUUACGGUUGAAGACGUUCUAGCAGAAGGUGGGUUUGCUGUAGUAUUUCUGGUCAAAGCGAACAAUAGCGGAGUUCGUUAUGCACUGAAACGAAUGUAUGUUAAUAAUGAACAUGACCUCAAUGUCUCCAAACGUGAAAUUCAGAUAGCGAGUAAUUUGAGUGGCCACAAGAAUAUAAUUGGAUAUGUUGAUUCAAGUCUUACUCAUACAGGAAAUGGUGUGUAUGAAGUUCUGUUGUUAAUGCCAUAUUGCCGUACUCAUGUUCUACAGAUUAUGAAUGGAAGGUUACAGUUGGGCUUUAGUGAGAAUGAAGUUCUGCAAAUAUUCUGUGAUAUGUGUGAGGCUGUAUCCCGGUUGCAUCACUGUCAGACUCCUAUAAUUCAUAGGGACUUAAAGGUGGAGAAUAUUUUACGGAGUGACAGUGGCCAUUACGUGCUGUGUGACUUUGGGUCUGCAACAGGAAAAGUGCUUAACCCCCAAGUACAAGGUGUUUCAGCUGUUGAGGAGGAGAUAAAAAAGUAUACUACCCUCUCAUAUCGUGCUCCUGAGAUGGUCGACAUGUACUCCGGUAAACCCAUCACCACUAAGGCUGACAUUUGGGCACUUGGCUGUUUAUUAUACAAGCUCUGUUUCUUCUCAUUGCCGUUUGGAGAGAGUUCACUUGCCAUUCAGAGUGGAAACUUCACCAUUCCUGACAAUUCAAGAUAUUCCAGAGGGAUGCAUUGCCUAAUUAGAUAUAUGUUGGAGCCAGAUCAAGAUAAGCGUCCUGAUAUUUUCCAGGUCUCUUUUGUAGCCUUUUCCCUUCUUGGCAAAGAUUGCCCUGUUCAGAAUUUGCAUAAAACAUCUGUGCCUGUAAUCGAUCAGCUGCCUUGUCCUCAGUUGGAGAGCGAAGCAAAGCGCACGUCAGUGAAAGUAACAAAGCAAACAGCAGCUCCAGUGGUAGAGGGUACGAGUGUUGCUCCACGACAGCGUCCCAAAGGAGGACAACCGCUUCCUGUUGGAGGUGUAAUCCCCAUUCCCAUAGGCUCUUCACCGGUUCCUGCGGCAGGAACUGCGCGGCGACAGACAGCCCCCCUUCCUCUUCCAUCCCUUUCUCAGUCACCUCUACCAGUGAACGGUGCACCUACAGCAACAGGUGAAGCUUUGCCGGCACCUGUUAAUUCAGCCCCAAGUGGUACAUCUUCUGGUUCUGGCUCCCACCAUCCUCCCCCACAGCCUGUGUCAAGUUCAGCAUCUGCUGUGCAUCCACAACCUCCUGCAGUACAUCCAGCAACUCCUGUACAAACAUUCUUCCCUUCACCUGCAUCAGCAACUGUAAACUUUGAUGCCAUGUUGGCAGGCAGUCCUCCUCCGAGUCAUUCCAAUGUGGCUGCAGUCUCUGUGCAAGGUCACACAGCGAGCAUUACCACUGCACCAGUUAAGAGCUCUGAGGACAGCAGGGAAUCGCUUGAAGCCUUGUUCCCAGUUUCAGGUUUCCCAGAUCCGUUUCAGGAUGAUGGGGGUGGUGAGAAUUGCCACCCAUUAUCUCAAGGUCCUCCCCCUGUUCUGCCUCUAUCUCUGAAUCUUCCUGCGGUUACUUCUAAGUCAGGUGCUCACAAGUUGGAGUCUGUCUCCCAGUGCAUUACAACUGUGACUCCUCCCACCUCUCCUACUCUGGCCCCACCUCGGGGACAUCGUCGAAACAUGAGUGAUACAUCUGCAUUCAACAAAGUGUUUGCUAAUGAGACAAGCCAGUUUCUGGCCCCAUAUGAAGCCUCAGUGAAGUCUCGUUCUGGCUCAAAUUCGCCACCAGACACUGUGAUCAAUAACAGUUGUAAAGCUGCCAACAUUCCAGAUAGUCACAGACACCAUGGAGUGUCAGCGUCUCAUGGUGAACUGUCCAAUGCUGGAACAGCUGGUGGCAGGUCACUGUCAGCAGAUAUUGCUGACUGGAAUCCCUUUGAAGACUCGACACCUUUUAGUCAGAUGACAGAGGAUCAUAUUUUUGGAGCAGAAUUUGAUAAGAUACGAAGAGGUUCCCAGAGUAGUAUUUCUAAUGUGAAAAGCCGCGAGAGCCUUGUGAUGACGUACACAGACAUGGCUGAGGAUCCGUUUAGUUCCGCUCCCUUUAGUUUACCAGCUUCCAAACAUGGCAACAAAGAAAAGCAGACACCAAAGAAAGAACGAUCUGGAGGUUAUGCAAAGUCAGCUGACUCAGUUCCAGCCAGUCUGUGGACAAGACAGAGGAGCAGCAAUUCAUCACCUGAAUUAGAUGGUCCCGGAAGGGAAGGGGUUGUUACAACCUUACUUCUGGGAAGUAAUGGUGCAUCUCCCCCAUUUGUAAGAGCCCCGGCUGAGGACCGAUCAAAGUACGAGAAGUUGAUAUAUGACUUUGAAGACAUUUCUUCUGAUGAUAGCCACGCCAGUCAACUGGAAGCUGAUGACAACCGGGUGAAGAGAAAACGGCAUCGAGUACGGACUAACUUGGCAGAUAGGAAGGUCAAGAAAGAUGUUGCCUCUACUAAUCAAAAUCCUGAACCAAAAUAUGGAGAUCACUUAUCUGAUGACUCUAUUGGAUCAGCCAGUGACCUGCGGGCUAUGAACGAAGAUGAACCACAGGGUGAAGAGGAACAUAGGAAUGACCGUACUCUGGGGCUUCUUAAUGAUGAGACUAUAUCAGAGAGUAUCAUUACGUGUGGUUCUUCUGCUUACCAUGCAGAAUGUGAGAGCUUGGCAACCCAUGAUGAUGAUGUUGAGAGAUGCUGUUACAAGGCUCCUGUGGGUAAACGAGAUGCUACAGCCAUCUGUCAGCAAACUGUUGUAAAGGACAAGGGCGACAGCAGUGAUGGCCAUGAUCUUCUCUUUGUGGGGCACCGGUAUGGUGAGAAACCACUCCUUGCAGACGACGAAUUGGACCAUGAUGAUGAUGAAGGUGGUGGUGGUGGUGGUGGUGGAGGUGGAAAAAGCCCUUCUCCAGUUCAGAAUAGCUACUGGAGUCAUCGUACAGAAGAGGAAGCUAAUAAAGGGAUGUUAUGGGAGAGGAACUGCCUCAGAAAGGAUAUUUUAAUAGACGUAUUUGCUUUGGCGCCAUUCCAGAAACCAACAGGAAGCUCUUGUAGGAGAAGUUCCAGCAGAGGAAGCAACAGAAAGGUUUCAGGACAUUACCAGAGCAGGAGCCAGCCAACUAGUCAGACUGUGUCCCCAAUGGAUAUCCUUACAGGUGGACGCAAGUCAUCCCUUCUCAUCUCGACGUCUCCUCUCCCUGUCCCAGUUACACCUCCAGAAGAUCCUGUACUAGUACAAGGAACACCAUUGGUAGAUUUGGGAGAAUCAUCAGGCUCAAAUUCUGUUCCUUCAACUGAGUCCAUGUUUAUUACUGCUGCUACACGGCAUGAACAUGAAGAGGGUCCGAGGAACCUUCCUCAGCGCAGGUAUGAGAAUGUCCUUGAUACACCUUUUCAAGAGCAGAAGGAGAACUCAAUACCAGACGCCCUGUGCAGCAACAGGUUUGAGAAUUCCAUUCUCUUUGCUUCAUCAGUUCCUCCAAUCGCAGAACAAGAUGAAGAGCCGUCGGAUGGAGGUGGAAGCAACAAGGAUCUGUUUGGUUCGUCUCCAUUCAAUUCUGGAUCAUAUGUUGUUAAUCCCUUCAGCAGCAGCAGCAGCAGCAGUGCCAACAGCGGUGUUGUGAUGGCCAAAAGUAUAGUGUCGCCAUUGAAACCAUACCAGAUAACAACUUCUUCACCCUGUGUUUCACAUCAGCAGGCUUCUCCAUCCUUCACAGAUCAGUCUCAAUAUUUUAGUCCCUCCCAGAAGUUCCUUGUGCCAAAUCCUGAACGACAUUGCCUUGAGUCACCAGGCAGUCCAUCAGAUGCGGUCAGCAUGACCUCGUCAGUGAAUGCACCAUCUCUCCCACCUGGAAUUAUUCCAGGUUCGGCUAUGCUUAGGCUGCUUAGUCAGCCACAGCAGGAUCUGUUCGGUGCAGUUCCGUUCAGUGACGUGACUACACAGAUCCUUACCAAACAUUCACAACCAAUUAAUUUUCCAAGACCAACAACCCUACCUCUCAACCACAUGUCACCAGCUAAUGACAUUGUUCCGAAAUUGAAAUCCGAUCAUAAGCAUUCCUGCAGCGUGAGUCCGGCAGCUGUAAGUAUUCUGAAGUUGGAACCUCUUCACUCCUGUCAUUUUCAAGAAAAUGCAGACUCUUCUUCCCUAUCAGAAGCGAAUAGACAUAAAGGAAAUAUUGAUACCUCGCCAAAGCUUCUCCAGCUUAAGGAUAAAAGCAAAAGUGGUGACAGAUCUAAAUACCAUCUCAUAAAGGACUGUCAUACUAGUAAGUUAGAGAAAGUCAAUGUUCUCUCAUCAAAGUUAUCACAUAAGACUGGGAAAUCUGCAGCUUCUUCAGGUUUUAAGAAGUCUUCUAAAGUUUCAAAGAAGGUUGGAGGUGAGAAAACAUCAAAAAUGGUGGCAGCUGGGUUUAGUAACAUGAGUUUUGAAGACUUCCCGAGUGAUGAGGGAGACGAGGGAUUAACUGAGCAAAUGGUCGUUCCAUUUGAGGUGAUUCGAGGUGAGAAACAAACACAUGAUGGAGAAAGGAGAUUUGGCUCAUUGAAACGACGUUCUAACCCGUUCUCUUGAGGAACAUUACAGAGUUGAAGAGUAAACCAAGCAAGAACCCAGCAUGAAGCAGGCAGCAAUAUUUUCUUUGCCCCUGAAGAUGUAGGUGAUGUGUUCCUCUGAAACAGUGGUUGAUUUCCAUUAGACCGCACAGCAUUAUAUCCCAGAAGAUGGAAUUCUUCAUAACUACUGCUGUAUGAAUCUCAGAUCCUGCAUUUGUUUUAGUGUUGACAGGCUGAAGAAAUACCAUUUUUCCAUAAAAGUAUGGAGUACAUAAAGAAAUAAAAUUAAUUUGUUCAAGGAUUUCAUAUUAACAGGAAAUAUGAAAUCUGAGCAGAACUAUUGCUUAUGCUACUUUUCAUUAAAUGUUUUAUUUGAAAGGCUAGUAAUACAUACUGAAAAAUAAUAAUUGCAGAGCUCUGUGAUGUUUCUGUGCAUAAUUUCCUCAGGUAUACAUGUGUGCUGUCUUUAAGUAGAAUAUGCAGAUUUUGAAAGUAAAGUAUGUGACACCAUUUGAAAAUAGUUGACUUUGAACAGAUGAUCCAUGCAAAACUUGAGGCAUUAUUUCCUUCAGCCAAAUUUAUAAUUUUAGAUUCAGCUGUUUUCACAAUGUAGCUUGUCUUCUCUAAUUCUGUUUCAGAAAGUACUGAACAGUAUAUAUUGCCAAGUAAAGUAUUUUCCUUUCAUACUGGGCAAGUAAUUUUAUACAUUAUCAAAAAUAUGUUUGCGAAAUUUAUUCAUAUCUGGUCUAAGCAGAAUAGUGAAACAGGAAGGUAGUGGUGUCUGUAAUUUGGUUUGUGGCUAUAAUGGCACCUUUAUGACAAAAAUAAUAUUCUUUUGCUUCAUGUGCAUUUGUAUUCCAGAUUCAGUUUUAAUGAUAUGUUCUAACCAAGUUUCUCAAAGAUAUAUCGACAUGUAUGAGAUCGCUUUCAUAUUUUAAAUGUAAUUGUGUGUAAAUUUGGUAAGGCAUGUGGUGGAAUACUGUUUUACCGCUUUGUUUGUUGAGUAUUUAUGGGAAUAUGUUAUAUGUAAGACAUGUUGAAGGUCAUCUAUAUUAUUCAUUGUUACCAUAAUGAACUGAAGUUGGCAAAUAAUUUCUUUGUGUUUAAUUCUGAAAAUGCAUUAUUAAUAUUGAAGCAGAUUGCAGGUUCCAAGGAUAUUGUUGAUGUAUAAUAUUUUGUAAGUAAGCAUGUCAUGUAUUAUAUAGUACUAAGGAAUGUCCCCUAAAGAUAUCAUCUGGGUGUACAAAGCAGUGCUGUAAUUUAGUUGACAUUUGAAGUAUUAGAAUUUGUGUGGAGCAAAUUUCCACUACCAGUGGACAUGGAGAAAUAUGAGGUAUGCCUAGUAAGUUAGUAGAUUUGUUAUCAGUAUGCUGUGCUGUGUAGUGUCUGGUUGGUCUGAGUUCCUUGACAUGCUGCACAGAAGUGCAUUGGCCCAUUUCUUUCAUGAAUGGAAUUUCUUUAAAGUAUUUUGCUACACAUUUCACAUAUUUUAUCUAUUAUGCUGAGUUGCAAGGAAGAUUAUAUUUCAUCUUGCAUAAUUGAUGUGUUUGGUUCAAGAAUAUUACUCCAUUUAUGUAAACUUAAAAGAACUAAAAAUGGAUAGUUAAUUAAAAUUUGUAUUAUAGCUAUAGUCACGAAUGCUGUAAAUGACUGAAGUUUGUUCUGUGUGGUUUACCAAAACAAAUGGUAACAAACUUUGUUAUUCUUUUUGGGAGCUAUUCAUUUUUGACACCAAACUCUUCAGUUGCUCAGUAAUAUUGUAUUUUAAAGUAAGGCUAUGUAUAUUUGCGUGGUAAAUAUUGAAUUAUUAUUAAAAUGUUAUUAUUAUAUGAUUUUUAAUUUAUUUAUGUUGAUUUUUAAACUAUUUAUAUAAUUACAUGUUUUUUCAUUCCAGUAUUGAAAUCUGUAAAAGAAUAAGUAUCAUUGACAAAGUAUUUAAUAAUGCAGAUAAAUUAAUUGCUAAAUCAAAAACAUACCUGUUUUUGUUAAUGAAUUCAGUAAGAAUGUCCAUUUUGGCUUACAAGGUGGACCAAGCUCAGCCUAUCCACAUUCUUGUUAUUAAUAUAACCAAGCUGCAGGGACAAUCUGAGGAAGCUUAUUAGGGUUAUAACAGCCAGAAUGGUGAGAAAAUUAGUAUUUGUUUAAUAAUGUUGAAAUCUUUGCUCUGUAUUGAUUAAUGGGUGUGAGACAGUUUCUAGACUACCAUGUUGAAUUUCCCACACACAACCCAAUGAAUUGUAAUCCUGUGUUCUAGAAUGUUAGCGUGUUUCUGCAUCAGCUGAGAGUUAUUGUAAAUAUGCCUUCUUAAGGUGAAGUUUAACAUGGUGGUCAUUGUACUGCUUCAUUAACCAAGUGCCUGCCAGAAAAUGAAUGAUAGUUUUGUAAGAUGUUUGUAAGUUAUCAGAUAUUAUAUACUGCCUGUUAUUAAAGAAGAAAAAGCUUUAACAGAAUAAUGGUCAUUUAGAAAGUGUGUAUGUAUAUAUACAGGGUGUCCCAGGAGGAAAGGUCAAUAUUCUGGGAGAUCAUAGUAUCUGUCAUUCUAAGCAAAAAAAAAAAAAGCGUGAAAGUAGAUGUUCCUAUUCUGAUCGGUUUCUGAGAUAGAAUUGUUUCAGUCUGUACAGACACGCAGCAUGCCAUGUCCUCACACAAACUGCAAAGUGCAUUGAUUUUGGUGGUGAAAUUCUCGGUAAUGUAUUAUACUAGGUAAACCUAUACUGACUUUGCCACUUGAACAAUAAAUACCGGUAUUAGAAACAGUAUGUA